ACUUUCUCCGCAUGUGGAUCACCACUCUCAGUUCAGAGACCGCUGCCCGUGACGGCGGCCGCUCUCAGCUGACGGCUACAGAGCGUUGCAUCGGAUUCAACUCAAUCCUUCAAAUUUUCAGUCGUGAAUUUUUUUCUAUGUCCAGAGGAACAAUGGGGCUAAUAUUUGCAAAGUGCUCCAGCACGGCUCGGCUGGAUGGCAAGACGGCGGUUGUGACGGGAUGCAACACGGGCAUUGGUCUCUGCACCGUGGAAGACUUCGUACUCAGAGGGGCGCGCGUUGUGAUGGCGUGCCGCGACCUGCAGAAGGCGGAGGCGGCGGCGCAACGCGUGCGCGAGCGUGCGGCGGGAGUGGCGGGCGCGGGCGCCGUGCGCGUGCUGCACUUGGACCUGGCGUCGCUGGCGUCGGUCCGAGCGUGCGCCAAGGAGCUGCUGCGCUCGGAGCCGCACAUCCACCUGCUCAUCAACAACGCGGCUCGUGUCGUGCCCGCAGGCAUCAUGGCGUGCCCCAAAAUGCAGACGGCGGACGGCUUCGAGAUGCAGAUGGGCGUCAACCACUUGGGCCACUUCCUGCUCACGUGCCUGCUGCUGCCGCGCAUCCGCGCCUCGGCGCCCGCCCGCAUCGUCACCGUCUCCUCCCUCGCCCACGUGUUUGGAGACAUGGACUUUGAUGAUCUAAAUUGGAAAAAGACCAAUUACAAUCCUACUUCAGCUUACGGUAGAAGCAAACUUGCUAAUAUCCUGUUUACUAAAGAACUUGCAAAACGUCUUGAAGGGACUGGUGUCACCACAUACACACUGCAUCCUGGUGCGGUGUCCACUGAGUUGGGGCGUCACUAUGAUACUGCAUACUUUAAAGGAGUUACAUGGCUCUUCAAUAAUGUUGCAAAAUUUUUCAUAAAAACACCCAUGCAAGGAGCCCAAACCACCAUAUACUGUGCUGUUUCAGAAAAAACUGCUAAUGAAACUGGUUUUUAUUACAGUGGAUGCAGCAAAUACAUGACCAGUCGACAAGCUCAGAAUCUUGAGUUAGCAGAGAAGCUAUGGAAAGAAAGUGUCAAAUUAGUUGGUUUGGAGGACUGGGAUCCUAUAACAGCAACAGAAACACCUGACAUAUAUCUUCAUGCUACUGCAGUGAAUAAUGGACAAGAAAAGACUUUAAUGAAGUAAUGAUAUUUUUAACCAUGAACUAUAUCAUCAUAAGUGGUAACAAGUAAAUGUCACCCAUUAAAGAGAGGAUCUCAAAGAGGAUUGAUGGUUUCUUUUAGUGAAAUAAUGUUAAAUGAAGUAAUAUAUCGAAAUUUUAUUCAACAAGUUUUGAAUUGUACAAUUAAAAAAAAAAGAAGUUUGUGAAUGAGAUUGCUAAGAAUGUGGCAUGUUGAAGAUCAAUUCAAAAACAAAACUUAUUACCUUAGGGGACACUAACUGUAACGAUAUCUCAUCCCAAUGUUUCAAAAAAAUUUAAAACUAUGUCAUUGUGACUGGGGCUGUAACUAGAUUCUGAAAGGGUCCCAGAUCACCAUGAGUUUUUAUUGCUUUUUUUAAAUUUAAUUAGGAAUAAACUGUAUUUCUAAUUAGAUAAAUAAUUGCUUGAUAUGAAAAGUGAAACUAUUGUUAAAUAAGAUCAAUUUUUUACUUCCUAUGAAGUAAACUCUUAUUUGGGAUCCCCUGAACUCAAGGUUUAGGGCCAGUGACCCAGUUGCUUAUGGUAGAAAUGUUUAUUUUCGUAUUAAAAAAAAAAAAAAAUUUAACAUCAAAAACACUUAAAACUGUAUGUGAUGAUGGAGGAGGGAGGGGGAAGGAAGAAAAGGCUCAUUUACUAACUGGAAGCAAACAAAGAACCAUCUCAUUUAUUUGCUCAACAGAUUAAGGGAAGCUAAGGUGAAAAUUUCAAGUGAGAUUGGGAUUUUUAGAUUGCGUCAUUAAUGGCAGCUUUUGAACAUGAAAGAUUUUGAAAAUUAGUGACCAGUAUAUGGCAGACAAAAUUUGGUAAUUACAUUGAAAAUUAUUAUUAAUUGUGACUUGAUAAGGACUACAUGUGUGUAAUGUAAAGUGUAUGUUGACUACUUGUGUAAUACUUCCUGUAUUACACAUGUAGUCAAAACAUCAUCUAAUCUUUAAAAAAUAAAAAAAUAAUUAGUAAUAACAAUGUUACACAUUGUUACUGAUUUUUGUCAGCUGUAUAUGAGUCACUAAUUUUCAAAAAAUUAGAACAUUAAGAUAGUGAUGAAGAUAAAGUUGCCAAAUAAGAGUAAUAUAUAAAAUGUCAAGAGCGGCUCACUAAAAUGAUAAAGACCAGUCAUACAUCAUUAUUCUUGAUGAGAAUUUUUUUAUGAUAUUAUUAUUAUUUUUAUUAUCAUUAUUAUCAUUAUUAUUGCUAUUGUUA